AAAUAGUGUUUGAAAAGAGAAAGAACAAGAGGAGGCAAAGGAAAUGGAGAUGGGGGAACAAGAACUAGAAGAAGUGGAUGAAAUUAGGUAUUUAGGGUACAUACUGCAAAAAAACGGGAGCAACGAGAAGCAUAUUCAAGACAGAAAAAGGAGGGCAACAAUUGCGAUGAAGAAGACAUGGAGCGUAGGAGAACGGAUAUUUAAAAGGGACUACAAGAGGAGAAUGAGGAUGUUUGGAGCACUGGUAGAGAGUGUAGCGCUGUAUGGAGCGGAGGUGUGGAGAUGGAACAUAGAGGAGAGACUGGACAGGGUAAAAAGGAGAUACGUGAGAUGGUUGCUAGGCUUAGACACAACAACGCCAAACUACAUCCUCAGAGAGGAGUGUAAGAUAGAGGAAAUUAGAGAAAAGGCACUGAAAAGAGCAGUAAGGUAUGAGAAGGAGAAAGCCUUGGAAUCGAAGAAGGAAUUAGUGAAGGGAUGUAUAAAGGAGAGAGAAAGGAAUUGGGGAAAGGGCCAAGAAGGGAAAAGAGCAAGGAAAAGAAAGAUGAGAUUAGAGGAGGCGAAAGAGGGAAGGACUCGAGGAGAGGCAGGAGAUAGACAAGAAAGGAUGACAGCGAACCAGAUCAUAGAAGAAAGAAGGAAAAGAGAAACAGAGGAGAGGGAGAAAAGAAUAAGGGAAUCUAAAUACAACAAAUACUACAGAAACAUGGCAAAAGAAGGACUACCAAAGUACCUAGAAGGAAAGAUGAAAUGGGAGGAUAGAAAUAUGGUAGCAAGAUUCAGAUGUGGUAACGGAACCAGGGCAAGGAAACACUGGAAAGAGGAAGGAGAAAGAGGAUGCAGAUUUUGCCGAAAAGGAGAGGGGGACCUGAAGCACGUAGUAGAGGAAUGCGAGAUUACAGGAGGAGCAAGGAACAUGGGGGAAGUGCUAAAGGAAACGGGAGAAGGACUGGCAGAAUUGAAAGCGAUAAUAGUGAAGAGAAGAGCAGCAGAAGAGGGGGAGGAACGACAGGGAGGGAGCACAGCAAGGAAGUAA